AUGGAGCCGGAAUCGGCACCGACACGAGCCAAGCGAGCGCGUCAGGAUCUUGACGCCUCAUCGCCACAGACGGCGGCAGCAUCAACAAAAAAGCGAAAGAUCAGUGGGACUGCUCAAUCACCGCCGUCAUUAGUAGCCGAUGCUCCAGACUCUUCCACUUCGGCGAGAGGGCGGGGCCGGGGCCGGGGUCGGGGCCGGGCAGCGUCGUCCGGGCGCGGGCGCGGGCGCGGUCGCGGGGGCAGCAGUCGCGGUGGCUCUCGUGCAGCAGCGCAGGAGUCGACGGCACCUGGAGCGACGCCGGGGGUCCGGCCGGACCCGUACGAGCUGCCCAACUCGGAGGAUGAGCGCGUCCCGGAGAAGUCUGCCACGGCCAAGAAGCCGCGAGGCUCGGCCAUCAAGCCCCUGGGGAGCAGGGGCAGGGGCGCGGCGCGGGUGGCAGGCAGCAGCAGCAUCGGCGUCUUUGAACUGCCCCCGCUGCGGGAGCCGACGGUGAGCCCGACCAGGGCGGUCCCGCUCGCGCCAGGCAACGGCAACACCCCGAGGAAGCCGCUGCCCACGGGACGGGGCGUCGCUGCGGUAGGCUCGCCGGCGCCGGCGCCGCGGGAGGACGAUGGCGGGUCGCUGGGCGGCGGCGGCGACGACGAAGCGGAGCCGGACCAGCAGGCCUCGGGCUCGCAAAAGGCCCUGCCCAGGCAGCGGGCGAAGCGAACGCUGGAGCCGUCGGUGACGGUGGUGCGCGGCCCCACGAAGCUCUCGAAGCUCAAGAGCAUCCUGACGCCCCACAAGGGCAAGGGCAUCAAGGCGGCAGGCGGCCGCAAGAACGUCGCCUUUGACGGCGAGGACCCGGACCAGGAGGAGCUGAGCUUCGCCGACGUGCCUACGACGACCAAGAAGAGGGCCACGCCCGUCUCGGCCUUGGCUUCGGUGCGGGGCACUCCUGGGAGCAGUGGGAAGCGCGGCAGGGUUAGCCAGCGGGAGGAGGCGCAGGCGGCGGCGGCUGCUGCUGCUGCUGUUGCGCAAAAUGACGAUGACGUGGUGUGUGUCCUCUGCCUCUUGCCUCACUCAGAGCCGCCCAACGAGAUGCUCUUCUGCGACAAGUGCGACAAGGGUUACCACCAGCAGUGUCACAACGUCCCCGUCAUCCCCGAGGGAGACUGGCUGUGUCGGAACUGUUUGGGCGACGUUACGGGGGAGAAUGUUAUCAGCGCCAUCUCUGCCCCGAGACUGCAGAAGCAGCAGCAGCCCCCACGCAGCAUCGUGGUCACAAAUAACAAGAUUCCCGAAAUCUCCAACUUUGGAGAGCACCUGCGGGCAUACCAGCGCCUGCUACUCUCCAGGUGCACGGGGAACCGGAGGAUCAAGCUACGGGGCCAAGACGAAGCAUAUAGCAAUGCACUACAGCUCGUGGAACAGACCGUUCUAGCUGGGGAGGGCAACUCGAUGCUUGUCAUUGGAGCCAGGGGGUGUGGCAAAACGACAUUGAUCGAGGGCGUCAUCUCGGAAAUAGCAGAAGCACAUAAGAACGACUUCCACGUCGUCAGACUAAACGGGUUCAUCCACACAGACGACAAGAUUGCGCUCAAGGAGAUAUGGCGGCAGCUGGGCAAGGAGAUGGAGGUGGAGGACGAGCUCGUCAACAAGACGAACAACUACGCCGACACGCUCGCGUCGCUGCUCGCGGUGCUGUCACAUCCGUCCGAGAUCGCCGAGGCAGAUGCCGGGGUCACGUCCAAGUCGGUCGUCUUUGUCAUGGAUGAGUUUGACCUUUUCACGACGCAUGGUCGGCAGACGCUACUCUACAACCUGUUCGACAUCGCGCAGGCCAAGAAGGCGCCCAUCGCCGUCGUGGGCCUCACCAGCAAGGUGGACGUUGUCGAGAGCCUGGAGAAGCGGGUGAAGAGCCGGUUCAGUCACCGUUACGUCUACCUGUCGCUCCCCAAAACCCUCGGCGCCUACUGGGACGUCUGCCGGCAGGGCUUGACGGUGGACUACGACGACAUGGACAUUGAGGGAUUCGGGGUGCCAUUGGCUGGGCGCAAGGAUUUUUACGAGUGGUGGAGCAAGGAGAUAGAUGCGAUGCGGCAGACGCGGGCGUUCCAAGACCAUCUGGAGUACUACUACUACACCAGCAAGUCAAUCGGGGCUUUUCUGGCGUCGUGCAUCCUGCCACUAUCAACAAUCUCACCAGCGGUGCCUCGGGUUCGGGUACCGGCAGGAACGGGGGCGGGGCCAACAGCAGCAGUGGCGGGGCUGUCGCUCGAGGCGCCGGACUCGAAGCUGGUGCUGAUGGAGUCGCUCUCAGACCUGGACCUCGCGUUGCUGAUCUCGGCAGCGCGGCUGGACGUGGUGGCACACAUGGACACGGUCAACUUUGCCAUGGCAUACGACGAAUACACGUCGCUGAUGGGGCGGCAGCGGGUACAGUCAGCGACGGCCGGCGUGCUCGCGCUUGGCGGCGGGGCCAGGACAUGGGGCCGGGGGGUGGCCGGGAUCGCGUGGGAGCACCUCAUCUCGGCCGGCCUGCUCAGGCAGGCGGCAGGGCCCGGCAGGGGCGGGGCGGGCAGCGUCGAGGCCAGGAUGUGGAAGGUGGACGUGGCGCUCGAGGAGAUUCCGGUGGCGCUCAAGCCCAGUUCGGUCCUGGCGCGGUGGUGCAGGGAGAUUUGACAGGAUGGUUUGGGGUUUGUGGCUGGCACUAGUAGAUGACCAAGUAGAAUAGACUGUGUUGCUCAGAGCAACGGCACACUUUGGCCGGGCACGGGCAGGGCAGGGGAGGGAGAUGGGCGCAUGUUGUGGCGCAGAUCAGCACGGUGGAGCUGUCAGUCCACCUGCUCUGCCGCCUGGCCCAAAGGAUUAGCACCCAUGAUAUGAUUUCUGGU